AUGUUUUCUGCUGGGACAGCUGUGCGCGUGCUAGGCCGAUUGAAGCCUAUCAACGCCGUUCCCUCCGCCUGUGCCUCCUUCAGACUCUCCCUGGACCGCCGACGGUAUAUCUCCGCCUACGGCUACACCCAGGCCAAAGCCUUAGUCUACGCCAACUAUGGUGAGCCCAAAGAUGUCUUAAGGUUGUUAAACCCCUCCCAACACCUUUCCGCAUUCUCGCUGUCGAUCGCACUGUGUAAGCCAAAUCCCGCUGCUAACAUCUUCUCCAACAGCCUACAUUCCUACUCUAUCUCCCCCCCGCACCACACCCAGGUCAAUGUCCGCCUCCUCACCGCGCCCCUCAACCCCGCCGAUGUCAACCAAAUCCAGGGCGUCUAUCCUUCAAAACCCGCCUUCUCCACAACCCUCGGCACGUCCACCCCGUCCACCAUCGCCGGCAAUGAAGCUGCCUUCGAGGUCGUGUCAACCGGCUCCGGUGUCAAAUCCCUCACAAAGGGCGACUGGGUCAUCAUGAAGCGGUCGGGGAUGGGCACCUGGCGCACGCACGCACAAUUCGACGAAGCAUCCUUGAUCAAGAUCGAAGACCGCAGCAACCUGACCCCGCUCCAGGUCGGCACCGUCGGCAUCAACCCCGUCACCGCCUACCGGAUGCUGAAGGAUUUCUGCGAGUGGGACUGGGUGGGCAAGCCGGGGGAGGAAUGGGUGAUUCAGAACGGAGCGAACUCCGGCGUCGGCCGCGCGGUCAUCCAGCUCGGGCGCGAAUGGGGCAUCAAGACGCUGAACGUCAUUCGCGAGCGGGACUCGGCCGCGGAGACGGCGGCGCUGACGGACGACCUGCUGGCCCUGGGCGCGACGGCGGUCGUGACGGAGGCCCAGCUCCUCUCGUCCAAGACCUUCCGCGACAUCGUGCACGAACGGACGCGCCAGGGCAAGGAGCCCAUUCGCCUGGCGCUGAAUUGCGUGGGCGGGCCCAGCGCGACGGCGAUGUUGAAGGUGCUUGCGCCCGAGUCGCAUAUGGUCACGUAUGGAGCGAUGGCGAAGCAGCCCCUGACGCUGCCGUCGGGGUUGUUGAUUUUCAAGAAUCUGGUCCUGGAUGGUUUUUGGGUGUCGAAGUGGAGUGAUAAGAAUCCAGUGCUGAAGACAGAGACAGUCAAUGAUAUUUUGAGGUUGGUGAGGGCGGGAAAGUUCAAGGAUAUACCCGUCCAAGAGAAGAAAUGGACCUGGGAGACCGAGGCGGCGGAGUUGGCGGCAGAGGCUCAGGGGACGUUGAGCGGGAGAAGAAGCGGGAAGAGUGUGUUUGUGUACGAAGGGGAUUAA